AUGUCAACAGCCGGCUUUCCCUGGCAGGCCGAAUCCCAUGUCCGCGAGCCCACAUACCUCGACGAGAAGGCGCCAGUCCCUGCUGUGCCAGAAAACAAACAUCCGGAACCUCCGGUCGCCAGAAAGAACACGGUAGCCACUGUUUCGCCGCAGGUCAAUGGCAAUGGCAAGCACUGCUCUUUUAAGGACUCUCACCCAGGAAAGCAACGAGCGAAUUCGGGGAAGGCACAGAAUUUGAACAGAUCAGCUUCGAGUCACUACCAUCCACAACGACACAAGGCUGGACCUGUCCAGCCACCUGUUCGAACUCUACCGGCCUGGAUCCAGGAUGCGACAGAGAGCGACCUCGACGACAUCGAUCCCGCUUACCUGGAUGCGCCGGACAUCGCAUUUCUCGCACAGCACAACCACAGUCCGUCCACACCCAGGAGAGCACAGAAUGGUGUACAAGAACACAGAUCAAAUCCAACAUCCUCCGGUGACUGGCGGCCGGACAAGACGUCACGAUGGAUCAGCUUCGGUCGAGCCAGUGUAUACCCACGAGAGAACUUCGACAACGAGCAGUUCAGCCCGGAAUACUUGAACAAGGAGUUCGGCGACUAUUCCAAGCCAUGGCUGGCUGACCGUGAAGACGAAGAUGGCGAAGAUACCAGCAGAUAUCAGGCUUACAAGAAGAAGCGACGGGCAUGGUACAAGCGCAUUCAAUUCACGAUAUUGCGGAACCCGUUCAUUCCACUGGCGUUCAGGUUGACGGUGAUGAUCUUUGCAUUGACCGCCAUCGGGCUUGGGGUUACCAUAUAUCGCGAGACAGGCAGAAUAAGCGAUUGCCUGAAAGAACCGGCUGGAAGCAGGAGUGAUGCUUGUAGGAGGGUUCUCAACGAUCCACAAAAUGGGCAAUAUGAGGAGGUGAAUUACUAUCGGGAUCCCUCUGCUCUCAUGGCCAUCAUUGUCGACGUCGUCUCGGUGGUGUACACAUCCUACAUCACCUACGACGAAUACUUCUCCAAACCUCUGGGGCUACGGCCGGCGCGUGCGAAGGUACGACUGGUGUUGCUGGAUUUGUUUUUUAUUGUCUUCCAGGCGGCCAAUCUUAGCUUGAGCUUCGAGUCCCUGACGGUGGAUGACGGGGCGUGUGCGGUGGGGACUGCUGACACUGGAACUCAGUAUCGUUUUGGGAGAGUGUGCAGCCGCCAGGAAGCGCUCAGUGCUGUGCUCUUGGUGUCGUUGGUGGCUUGGUUGAUGACCUUUUCUGUGAGCGUCCUAAGGCUCGUCGAACGGAUAAUGUAG